AUGUUUUCGAGAGGCGGGUCGGGCGUCUCGGAGGCCGGCGUGGCGGUCAACUACGGGCCGGCGCGUGCGGAGGGGUCCUUUUGGAGCAGUUCCGAGGCCCCGGAGGCCGCUGCGGGCGAAGAUCUGGAGGCUUUCGAAGCCAGCAAACUCCUCACUCUGCCCCGCAGGUGGAGAAGAAGCCGCCCCGAAUUCAAUUCCCUCAUUUGGGGCCUCCUGGGAGUUGUGCUUUUCGCAGCGUUGACCCGCAGGGCCCUCCGCGCUGCAGCGCGCAGCGGGCUGGGGGCCCCCCCGCGGGUCUUCGCGUGGGGGCCCCCCGCGCUGCUGCCGCCGCAGCGGCGGGGGGCGCUGCCGCCGCCGCCGCCGCAGCAGCCGGGGGCCCCCCCUCCGCAGCAGCAGCAGCAGCAGCAGCAGCAGCAGCAGCAGCAGCAGGACUCCGAGGACUCCGAGGAGGAGCCCGAGCCCGCGGAGUCCCCCGAGUUCACUCCUCUCCGCAAGUUCGAGAGCUGGCUGUCUCCUUUGCUGCACCAGGAGAAGGCCCUCUUGGCGGCUUGGAGGCCCCGCGAGGCCCCCCUUGACCAGUGGUCAGUCCAGCGGUCUCGGGCGGUGGCCCUGGCCCUCUCCAACGGCAAGGCCUCUUCGCUCGAGGGCCUCACGCUCACGCUGGAGGCCUCCGAGGGCUCCCAGGGGGCCCCCCGGAGGGGCCCCCAGGGGGGCCCCCAGGGGUGGCCCCAGGGGGGCCCCCAGGGAGGCCCCCAGGGGGGCCCCCAGGGAGGCCCCCAGGGGGGCCCCCAGGGAGGCCCCCAGGGGGGCCCCCAGGGGGAGCCCCAGGGGGGCCCCCAGGGGGGGCCCCAGGGGGGGCCCCAGGGGGGCCCCCAGGGGGGCCCCCAGGGGGAGGGGGGCCCCCGGAAGAAGCGGGGGGCCCCGUGGGGCCCCCGUGAAGUGCGUGUGGUGAAGGUGUUGGGAUCGAACAACCGAGUGUUGGAGUUUUUGGGAGAAGACUUGGAAAGCAAAGAAGAGUUUGCCGUUGAAGUUCCCGUAAUAAGUGAAGCUCGUUUAUUGAACUUCGAGUCGGAAGAAGAGUUGGUGGAGACAGCGUUGGAGCGGAUUGAAGCGGCAGCAGCAGCAGCGCAGGCGAGCUGCAGCAGCAGCAGCGCAGCAGCAGCAGCAGCAGACCGCGGGCUGCUGCUGCCGCAGCAGCAGGCGCAGGCCAGGGGGGCCCCCCUGGUCUCCAACUUGGAAGGGUUUUAUGUUUUUAAUAAACUUAGUUUGACAGAGAGGCCCCUGGGGACUCUGCUGCAGCUGCGCAGCGAAGCCCGCAGCAGCUUUGCUGCUGCAGCAAACUACAUUGCGCGGCGGCUGCUGCACGUCGUGCUGCUGCUGGAGCGCAGCAAAGUGGGCCACGCAAACCUGCAGUGGGGGAGUUUCUUUUUGCGCAAAGACGGGACUUUUUGUCUUGGCGAUUUGCGCAGCAGUGCUGCUUUUGGGGAGCCAAUAAGCCCCUUAAUGGGGGCUGUUUCCGAGGCUUUGGAGCCCGAGUUGGCGCUGCAAGUUGCUGCAGCAAAGCCCAUUUUGCUGCAGCAAACCGCCAACUUGUGGGCCCUCGGGCUGCUGCUCUUCGACCUCUUCACCGGCAGCAGCAAGCCCUACGGGGAGCCCGCGGGCCGCGGCUGGCUGGGGCGCGCAGCGCGCCAGGCGCGGCUGCUGCUGGCCGACGAAGCAGCAGCAGCAGCAGCAGCAGCAGCAGCGCAGCAGCAGCUGCAGCACGCGCAAGUGCCCCACAGGUGGCAGCAGCUCAUCCUCCGCCUCCUCCACCCCGCCCGCGCCCACCGCAUUCGCGCCGCCGAAAUCCUCGAGGAAUUCCCCGACUUGCUCAGCCCCGCUGCACGGGGCUUUCCUACAUGCAUGCAUGCAUGCAUGCAUGCAUGGAUACCAUUUCAUGCAUGCAUGCAUGCGUGCAUGGAUACCAUUUCAUGCAUGCAUGCAUGCUCUCGCAGUGCAUGCAUGCAUGCAUGCGCUCGCAGUACAUGCAUGCAUGCAUUGCAGAGGCAUGCGCGCAUGCAUGCAUGCAUGCAUGCAUGCGUGCAUGCAUGCAUGCAUGCAUGCAUGCAGCGCUUUCUUGGGGCUGGAGCAGGGGCUUUUGCGGCUUUUCCCGUUUGA